CUGCUUAUUGAUGUAGUGAAACAAAUCGGUUUCGUAAAUGGGUUUUAUAGAAAUAAGAGUUCACAAGAAAGACUUCUGUAACACUGAAGGAGAGGAAGUUUAUUGGAGGUUCUGGACAAAUUACAGAAAAGAUAAUGGAACUACUUGGAGAUAAAGUAAAACUUGAGAGUCCUGUAGUCCACGUUGACCAGUCAGGUGAUAAUGUCAUUGUGGAGACACUGAACCAUGAGAUAUAUAAGGGCAAGUAUAUCAUUAGCGCCAUUCCACCAAUAUUGACUGAAAAGAUUCAUUUCACGCCAGAACUGCCAACAAUAAGAAACCAAUUAAUCCAGCGCCUCCCCAUGGGUUCUGUUAUUAAAUGCAUGAUGUACUAUAAAGAAGCCUUCUGGAGGAAGUUGGGUUUGUGUGGUGCCACAAUCAUUGUGGAUGAUGAGGCUCCCAUUUCAGUAACAUUAGAUGAUACUAAACCAGAUGGAUCCAUACCUGCUCUUAUGGGAUUUAUCCUUACAAGAAAAGCCUUUAGACUAGCAAAUGUUAGCAAAGAAGAGAGAAAGAGAAAAAUCUGUGAACUGUACGCUAAAGUGCUGGGAUCAGAAGAAGCUUUACAUCCAGUGCAUUAUGAAGAAAAGAACUGGAGUACAGAACAGUAUUCUGGAGGCUGUUAUACAGCGUACUUUCCACCAGGCAUUAUGUCCCAAUAUGGAAGAAUAAUACGUGAGCCAGCUGGUAGAAUCUACUUUGCUGGCACUGAGACAGCAACCCAGUGGAGUGGCUAUAUGGAAGGAGCUGUGCAGGCUGGAGAGAGAGCUGCUAGAGAGAUAUUGUACAUCAUGGGAAAAAUUUCAAAGGAUGAAAUUUGGGUACCAGAACCAGAAUCAAAGGAGGUUCCGGCGCUCCCAAUUACCACUACAUUUUGGGAGAGAAAUUUGCCAUCUGUUCCCGGACUGCUGCUCUUCCUUGGAUGGUCUACUUUCAUCACCUCAUUGGCUACAACUGGAUUCUUUGCCUAUAAAAAGGGACUUCUUUCCUGACCAUGUAUCUAACCCAGUAUUUUCCAUUUAUUGCCUUCAUGCUAUGAAUGUUGUUUCUGAAAAAGCAGUCUUUCACGCCCUCUUUGGAACGUCUGAAUUAACACAUCCAAGCCAAUUUAAUUCAUCUCCCUUUACAACACAAAAGGAGUCAGAAAGGGUUCUAUUUUCUUUCCUCAAUGACUUCCUUGCUUAAACGUUGGUGACCUCUCAUCAUACCCAUCUGUUUAAUAUAUAUUGAAAACAAAACAUAAGAGAGGUUUGUCAUAAUCCUUUGACAAACUUCCACUUGUCUUCAUGGUUUCAAAAUCUUAUGAUGAACAAAAUCAGUGUUGAAGGCUUACACCAAUCUUUCUCCCCCAUCUAUUCCCUCUGGGUGUGCUGAAGUACAGUUUCAUCAUCUGCACUCUGUAUGCUGAUGGAGUUUAGCGGGGUGGGUGGUACGUAUUCUGUGGCUUGUUAAACUACAUGUAUAUUCUGUCAAGCGCCUGCUAAAUUUAAUACGCUGCAUAUAGAGGCUUCACUUGCUUCAUGCUAGGAUUACAUUUCCUCAAAGCCUUGUAUAAAACAAUACAUAAGCCAUGUAAAAAAGGGAGUUGUGGGCUAUGAUGUUAAAUAGUGUAAUCCAAAUGCAUUGACAAUUGUUCCCAUAAAUUUUUAGAAUCUUAUUCCUAAGAAUUGUGUUACUCAAACAUGUUUUGUUCCUUGUCUUGUGUUCUAUGUACAGUGAAAGCAUUUUCUCCAUCUUUUCUAUAGCUGGGUUUCUAAUGCACAUGGUUAUCAUGGCAGACAAAGAGGUAUGCACCAUGGCAUUAUGAAUGUUAUUAGCAUUCUUUGUUAUGUUGCACCCAAUAGAUUAACCCAGGUUAAAAGCUCAUCCUAGAGAUGAGGAUCCUUCAUCAGCUUUGGCAUGAUGUAAUAUGUCCAACUUUGUUUUUACUGUUAGGUUCUUUCUCCUUUCAUUUUGUGUAAGGGAGUUGGACAAGAUGUUGAUGGCCAUUUCACCUAUAACAACAGUAAUAGCUAUUACAGGUACAGAAGUAAGUGGGAGAGAGGAUGCACAAAUAGAACAAUGUGUGAGUGAAGGCAAUAAAGUGUUUUGGCAAGAAAAUAUUCAAACAGUCUCGGCAGGGAGACAUCCCGACAUGUUUCCAGACCUUUGGCACAAAAUUGACUAUGCUGGUCCAAAUCGAAUAAGAGUGAUUUUUCUUUUUUUACGUAAAGUGAAUUCCUGGAUGAAAAUGAUCCGUCUUAUGCUAGCAAAUUCACAUAACUAGCCUAUACAGUGGUAUCUCGGUUCACGAACUUAAUUCAUUCUGCGACUCUGGUCGCGACCCGAAUUGGUCACGACCCGAAUCAAAUUUUCCAAUA